AUGUCGUGCCGCGCCUCUGCUGCCACCACCACGUGCAGCUCGCUCGUCCAGGCCGACUGGCUGCACGGCCACCUCAGUGACGAAGACCUGAUCAUUCUCGACGCGACACAGAGGCUCGACCGCGAGCAGAACACUGCCUCUCCGGACGCCGAGGCGUUCCUCGCAUGCCGCAUCCCAGGCGCGAAGUAUGUGGACGUCGGCGGGCGUCUGUCGGAGCCUGGUUUGCGCAACGCGCGGGGCGAUCUCCUGCACAACAUGCGUCCGGCGGCAGGAGCCCUAGCGGCCGAGCUCGCCUCUCUGCUCGGCGUGAGAGCCGAGGCGGCGCACCUCGUGCUGUACAGCAGCAGGCACGUGAUGUGGGCGACGCGGCUGUGGUGGCUGCUGCACUCGAGCGGCUUCCCGGGCCGCGUCUCCGUCCUCGAUGGCGGGGUGCAGGCGUGGCGCGCUCGCGGGUACGCCACCGAGAGCGGCCCGCCGCCCGCCGAGCCCGAAGGCCGGGAGGGGCCGCCGAGCGGUGGGCCGUCGCCGCGGCUCCGCUGGCGCGACGGCGCUUUUGUGGGCAAGGAGGCGGUCCUGCGCUCGGUCGGUAACGCGGAUGUCGCGCUGAUCGACAGCCUCAAGCCCGAGAGCUACUCGGGCGCAAGGCCGUAUGGCCGGCGGGGCCACAUCGCGUCUGCCGUCAACGUGCCGUACGCGCGCGUGGUCGACCCGGCGAGCGGCCUCUUCCUCGGCCCUCGCGAGAUCAGGAGCGCCUUCGUCGCCGCCGGGCUGCGGCCAAACGAGGAUGCGCGCCGGCGGAGGCAUCUCGGCGACGACGCUACUCUUCGCGCUGGCGAGGACGCAGCGCGGCUCUCGCUCUACGACGCGAGCCUCUCCGAGUGGGCGGUGGAGGAGGAGCUGCCGAUGGCGGCGCCGGCCGAGGAGGGAGGAGGGUGGCCGCGCGCGUAG